CUUCGGCCUCGGGACCAAGUUGAGAACGAUCUUCUUGGACGCCAAUUGCGCAACGAAAUGGCGAUGCCGCCAGGCGCCUGAAAUACAUACGAUGCGGCCGCCAAUUCAACGCCUCCCACUUCGGCCAGGCGUCCUUGAGAAGGUGUGCUGGCAAUGCACGCAUCGGGCUCUGCGCCAGGCCGAUCAGGCGCCGCGAGUUUCGAGCGCUGCGGGCGCUCCACGCACUGCGAGGUUCUUUUCCAAGUCGGCCCUUCCGCGUGCCCCGGCCUCUACGUCCGCCCUGCCGCGACAACGGUUUAGGGCCGGUUUCUUCCUUUCUAACGCCCUCCUCGCCCGUUCCAACGGCACCUCGGUCGCCUCCCAGCCCACCGACAACUCGGCGCCGGCUGCCAAUGCUUCUUUCGCCGCCUCCGUCGCGACCACAACCGAUGCUAGUACCCAUGUUCCUACCGAUGUGCCCCUCCUUCCACAUCGCCGACGACAAGCCGCAAGGCGUGAUGCGCUCCGGCAACAACAACAAGAACAAGGACAAGGACAAGGACAAGAACAGCAAGAACAGCAAGAACAACAACGACAACGACAUGGAGGACAAGAGCAACCAGGCAAUCCCUCGCUAAACUCCAUGUCCGCAUCCCUACCCCCCGACGCCUCCGCCCGCCUCGCCGACACUGCAGCCCGCGCGCCCGCCGACUCCCUGCGCCGCACCCUCUCGGCCCUCCUCUCGCUCUCCAAGCCGCGCCUGACCGUGCUGGUCGUCCUCUCCGCCAUGGUCCCCUACGCGCUGUACCCGGUGCCCGCCUUCCUCUCCCCGACGGCCCUGGCCGCCUCGACCCCGUCCCUGUCGCCGCUCACGCUCCUGUUCCUGACCACCGGCACGGCCCUGUGCUCGGCCGCCGCCAACGCGCUCAACAUGCUCUACGAGCCCGACACGGACGCCAGGAUGAGCCGCACCCGCACCCGCCCGCUGGUCCGCCGCCUGCUGAGCACCCGCGCCGCCGUCGCCUUCGCCGUCGGCUGCGGCCUCGCCGGCACCGCCGCCCUCUACCUCGGCGUCAACCCCACCGUCGCCUUCCUCGGCGCCGCCAACAUCGCCCUGUACGCCGGCGCCUACACCCCGCUCAAGCGCCUGUCCGCCGUCAACACGUGGGUCGGCGCCGUCGUCGGCGGCAUCCCCCCGCUCAUGGGAUGGGCCGCCGCCGCCGGGGAGAGCGCCACGGGCGACGGCACCUGGAGGGAGCUGCUCUUCGCGAGCGACGGGUCGAGCCUGGGCGGCUGGCUGUUCGCCGGCCUGCUGUUCGCCUGGCAGUUCCCGCACUUCAUGCCCCUCUCGUGGGGCAUCCGCGACGAGUACAAGGCCGCCGGCCUGCGGAUGCUGUGCUGGACCAACCCGGCCAGGAACGCGCGCGUCGCGCUGCGCUACAGCCUCGUCUUCUUCCCGCUCUGCCUCGGCCUCUGCGCCGCCGAGGUCACCGAGUGGAGCUUCGCCCUGACAAGCCUGCCCGUCAACGCCUGGCUGGUGCGCGAGGCCGUCAUGUUCUGGCGCUACGAGGGCCACAAGGGCAGCGCCAGGAGCCUGUUCUGGGCCAGCGUGUGGCACCUGCCCGUCAUCAUGGUCCUGGCCCUCGCCCAGAAGAAGGGCAUGUGGGCCCGCGUCUGGAAGAGCGUGGCCGGCGAGCCGGACGAGGAGGAAGACGAGUUUGACUACGACGAGGACGAGGCAGCCGAGUGGGUCGAGCAUGCCCGGCCCGGAAAUGUGGGCCCCGCGGUCGGUACCCGGAGGUGAUCCUCGGUCGGAAUUUCUUCUUUGACUGGCCCACCUGUAACAACAACACAUUUGUUGGUUGUACUAGUAAACAACUUUCAU